AGAUGUAACAAAUCCUCAGAAAAGUUGUGAGCCCUAAUUGUUGAAUACAUUGCUCGAGAAACCUACGGUCUUUGCUGUGUGCUGUUGAGGUAGGUGAGGACUUUAUAGUGUCAAGAACCAGUUGAUCUCAAUAACUUGAGUUGUUGGGAGAGGUUCAAUCGUGGAUCGUAUACCACACACUAACACGCCCCCUCAAACGAAAGUCAUUCACAAGGGCUUGAAGUUGCACAGGUCUGAACACAAGAAUACCAUGUGCUUAACAAAUGGGGGUCGCGGGGAUUCAAAUACAAGACCUCUCGAUCACAUAAUGCUUUGAUACCAUGUCAAGAACCAGUUAUUGGGACCAACUGGUUCUUGACAUAUAGCAUGCGUCCAAUCCCAAUUCCAUAUUUUGAUUGUGAACACUUCUUCUAGUGCACUGAGUUUCUGUUGCUUAAAAAUGAGCUCCUUGUUUCUUCUACUUUCAACCCUACCAGUGGAAGCACGAAAACUGUGAGACAGCCUGAUGAAAUUUUACAUGGUCCUGCAACAGUUGAGUCAUUUUUAUAAUGAAAGACCGUAAUCAAGAUGAUACUUUCUUUUUUAAAGAAAAUCAACAUUAUAUUGGAUUAAACUUAUUUGGUGAUUUGUAAAGUUCAAGUUGUUAAUUUGCAAUCAUGCAAGCAACUCUAACAUGUGGUUUCAAUACUUCCAGCCUUCGAAGUGGUUAUUCAACUCUUACACAAUUCUGAAGAAUACUGAGCAGGCACCAAGGUAUGGUAUUUCUGCCUUCUUAUUACCAUUGGGACUUUAGCAUUGGGGCUCUUUUGCUAUUAAAUUAGAUACCUGCAAAACAACUGUGCAAUUCUCUACACAUGUGACUACUUCAGAAAUAAUGAGGCCACUAUUAACUGCUCCCUUCUAAAUCAAGCAUCCAAACAAUACCAUUUUUCAAAUCUACUACAUCUUCCAUCUCAUUCAUUCAUCAGUCGCACGUCCAUUUGCGCUUGAAUGAUUCUGCGAGACAAACUGAGGUGAUUACUGUAUGUGCAAAUGCAAAAUUGUUUUUUGUUCAUCCUUAAAUUCCAAUAUGUAAGUAGGUAUUGGUAGAAGAAACCAACUAGGGUUUAAUGACCUUCUGUUUAUGGAAAGUCAAUAGGCAACAAAGUAGGAACAGAUUCAACUGUUCAAGGUGCCACUAUCUACUGAAUAAUGAAAAUUGAGCAUCUUACCUCUGGAUCCAUCCGUGCUUGUCUGAAUUUUGCACAAAAACACAGGUCAAAGAAGAAGGUUGCUGAAACAGAAUAAUAGUAGAAGUGAUAUACUCUGCUAGAGCUUCAGUUCCCUUGUUGGCUACUCCAUAGUUUUGGUUGCUGAGUACUAAAAUAUCGAUGCAUACAUUAUGCCCUUUGCAACAUCCAGUCUUGGUUGUGGUGCAUUUUACAUGAAGCAUGAUAUCUGGAGUCCGAGUCUUGGAGCCCAAUUUCCGUGGUUCUUACUUCCUGAAAUAGUACCUCACUAUAUAUAACCUUCCGUAAUAUAUUGAUCUGCGUAUUGUGAAUGAUUAAGCGGCAAAAAAAUCAUGUGCUUCAAUGCAUGUGCCACCAUAUCACAAGGCCAGUCAGAAUCUUAGUCUACUCUCCAUGCCACUCGUUGCAGGACUCCACUAUUUAUUCAGGAUGUGUUGAAGACUGGGGAAGAGGGCGAAGGUGAAGUGGUUGCACCACCAGAAAGGUCCUUCUGGGCUAAAUACGUAAGUUUUCUGUUCAAAUCCCUUAUUGGUCUCUCCAGAUAAGUACAGCAUCACUAGAAAUUUAAUUACGGCAAAACAAAGUAGCACGCAAGCAUUCAUGCUAAUAAAUACCCCUUUUGACUUCCUCCCCAGUGGAUGUACGUGAUACCUUUGGGGCUCAUAGUGAUGAAUGCCGUAACACAAGCCAUGAACAUGCCCGAGGAGCAAGCCCCCGGGCAGCCAGGCGGAGGAGCGCCUGCAGCACCAGGAGCAGUCCAGCGUGCUCCCAGCUCUGCCGCUAGGAGACGAUAGAAAAGUCUGUGCACGACAGUACUGUAGAAGUCUUCGCCGAGCCUUGUCUAAGCGAGCUUUACCGGCCAUAUAUGGCUCGCAAGUCGCAUCCACAUUAAUUCGACUCUCGUGGAUGGCCAUUUCAUAGGAUACUCAGUGUUGUAGAUGCUCUAGAACCCACGACACUAUGUUCAGAAUUUGCUAUGGAGGGGCAUGGCAGUUGCCUGGGGAUUUUCUUUGUACUGUUUAAGUUUUCAGAUCAUAGAUUUUGGUUCGAUUGCCACAGCUCUUGAUUUUCAUCUUGUUUAAAUUAAAAACCCUAAUUCGCACGGAAUCUACUCUCAAGAUACAACUUUCAACCUUGGAAAGAAGCUGUCCAGAUUUCCAAACAGAGGCCAAAUGCAAUUAGGGGUGUGGGUUCGGUUACCCAAACCGAAACCCGAAAAACCCCAAAACCGAAAAUCACUAAAACCGAACCCGAUAAGGACUUGCGGGUUUCGGGUACCGAAACUCGAAAAUUCCUUAUCGGGUUCGGGUCGGUUAAAGCAAAACCGAAACCCGAAUGCCUAAAAAUACUGGCUAGAGUUUUAUUCAUUGGAGGUUUUUAGCCGGAACCCGAAAAAUCGAUAAACAAAACCGAACCCAAAACCGAAAAACCCGAAACCCGAAACGAAUCCGAAGCUGAAAAACUGAAAAUGUAUAUAAUCGGGUCGGUUUCGGGUAAACCCGAAAAACCGAACCCAAAUUGACACCCCUAAAUUGCAAUAGGCAACCGUUUACCGGUUCAAUUGACGGCCAAUCCAGCUGCGGUAACAGAAGUGGCCUCCCGUGCAAGAAAAGAAACUUCGUCAUUUCCUUGAUUUAUCUUUUCUUUUUUCAUUUAUUAACUUUCUCAGCUAUCCAGGCUCUACCUCUUUCCCACAAAAACCCUACAUUCCGAAGUAGCGGCGGCGAUGGUGUCAAAGCCCUGACGGAGCCUGGACUCCGCUGUAAGUCUCCGUCGUAUCGUACUCUCUUCACUCCUACAUCUCAAUCGGCACAAGCCGUCUAGUUUCUACCGAGCAUCGCGUCCCUACAACAUCACCAGAUCGCCGCCGGAGCGAGGAAAGAGGCGCGAAGAAAUUUUCAGAUUCGUCAAAUACUGAUUUUAACAAUGGCGGAAAGCGGCGAACCGAAGAGCAGCACUGCCGACGGCGCGCCGAGCACAGAAACGAAGAUCGAGCCGUUCAGGAUGCCGACGGUGGAGGAGAUGCGAGCUCAGGAGGUGUGGAACAACUGCGCGAUCCGGAGCGCCUUUAGCGGCGUGGUCGGAGGCGGGCUCGGGAUCUUCAUGGGAUUCCUCCUCGGCGCGCUCGACAAUCCGUUGAUGCACGAUCCGGACAUGAGCGCCAAGAAGCAGUUCAUCUUCACCGCCAAGCAGAUGGGCAGCCGGAGUUGGAGCAACUGCAAGACCUUCGCCCUCAUGGGCCUGGUCUUCUCCGCCGCCGAGUGCGUCAUCGAGAAGGCCCGCGCCAAGCACGACGUCACCAACACCGCCGUCGCCGGCUGCGUCACGGGUGGCGCGAUGUCCGCCAGAGCUGGCCCUCAGGCCGCGUGCUAUGGAUGCGCCGGUUUCGCUGCUUUCUCGGUACUAAUUGAAAAAUUCAUCGAUCGCCAUACCUAGAGUUGGAGACUUCUGUGUGUUCCUUCGCGAGUUUUGCUGUAAUUUUGGGAUCAUCUGUUAUAGCCUUGGGGUGAUAGUCCAGUGUGUUUUUUUAUAGCUCAGAUUAAGCAGUUUUUGAAGUACAUUCGUUUACAAAUCAACAGUUUCACAUUGUCUCCUAAAUAGUGAAAUAUCAACUUUCAAUGAUUGAAGGACUCGGUUGUUAGAUGGUUUACAUCACUGUUAUUACAAGCUAUUGCCAUCUUCUGGAAUCGAAAAACCGGGGGGUCUAUGAACCCUAAUCCGCGGAUAGGGGGGAAGAAGUGUACAACAAGAAUGGAAAUAGCCACAAUGCCUUUAAGUAAAUGAAAGGCUGCUACAAGC